AUGGCGACCCCAGAUGUGAGCGUGCACAUGGAGGAAGUGGUGGUCGUGACAACACCCGACACUGCGGUCGAUGGCAGUGGUGUGGAAGAGGUGAAGACGGUGCUGGUGACGACCAACUUGGCUCCCCAUGGGGGUGACCUCACAGAGGACAGCUUGGAGACGGAGAACGCUGCGGCAGCGGCGGCUGCAGCCUUCACAGCCUCAUCACAGCUCAAGGAGGCUGUCUUAGUGAAGAUGGCUGAAGAGGAGGAGAGCCUGGGGGCUGAGGUGCUGUAUCCCAUCACCUGCGGAGACAGCAGAGCCAACCUGAUCUGGAGGAAGUUCGUGUGCCCUGGUAUCAAUGUGAAGUGUGUCCAGUAUGAUGAGCACGUGAUCAGCCCCAAGGAGUUCGUGCACUUGGCGGGCAAGUCCACUCUGAAGGACUGGAAGCGGGCCAUCCGCAUGAAUGGCAUCAUGCUCCGGAAGAUCAUGGACUCCGGGGAGCUAGACUUCUACCAGCACGACAAGGUCUGCUCCAACACCUGCCGCAGCACCAAGAUUGACCUCUCGGGGGCCCGCGUGUCUCUUAGCAGCCCCGCAUCAACUGAGUACAUCCCGCUCACCCCGGCCACAGCUGAUGUGAACGGCUCUCCCGCAACCAUCACGAUUGAGACCUGUGAGGACCCCGGGGACUGGACCACAGCCAUCGGGGAUGACACGUUCGCCUUCUGGCGGGGGCUGAAGGAUGCUGGACUCCUUGAUGAGGUUGUCCAGGAAUUCCACCAGGAGCUGGUGGGGACCAUGACGGGCCUGCAGCAACGUGUCCAGGACCCCCCACUGCAGCUCCGAGAUGCGGUCCUCCUCAAUAACAUCGUGCAGAACUUCGGCAUGCUGGACCUGGUCAAGAAGGUGCUGGCCAGUCACAAGUGCCAGAUGGAUCGGUCCCGGGAGCAGUAUGCCCGUGACCUGGCAGCCCUGGAGCAGCAGUGUGAUGAACACCGGAAACGAGCCAAGGAGCUGAAACACAAAUCCCAGCACCUGAGCAACGUGCUCAUGACGCUGACGCCCGUGUCCCUGCCGCCGCCCGUGAAGCGGCCCCGGCUGGCACGUGCCACAUCGGGGCCGGCCGCCAUUGCCUCCCAGGUGCUGGCGCCUUCCACGCAGAUCGCCCUCGCGCAGGGUGUGCCCGUCUCCCAGCUGGCCAGCGUGCCACUCAGCAAAGUGGUGUCUGCCCUGCCCGCUCCCUCACUGAGCAAGGGCCCCCCACAGGCCCCACCUGCCAGUGCUCCGGCCUCCCCACUGCUGGGGGGCUACACGGUGCUGGCCUCGUCGGGCGCCCCCUUCCCCGGCACUGUGGAGGUGCACCCGGACGCCUCAAGUCUCACGGUGCUGAGCACAGCCGCCCUGCAGGAUGGCAGCACGGUGGUCAAGGUGGUCAGUCCCCUGCAGCUGCUCACGCUGCCUGGCCUGGGCCCUGCCAUGCAGAACGUGGCCCAGCUGUCCCCCGGGGGUGGCACGAUUGUGACAGUGCCCACGGGGACCGUCGAAGGGGCCGUGACUGCCCCGGGGCCUGAGGAGCACACAGCUACCAUUGAGGUGGGCACCGUGGCUGAAGAGCAGAAGUAG